AGGGAUUGAGUCGCUUUGAGGAGGGAUUAUCCCUCUUGGAAGGGGAAUGAACCCCACCGGAGGGGCGAUUAUGGGGAAUUAACCUCCUUCGGGAAGGAAUUCAGCGUUUUGGAGGGGAAUGAACCCCUUCGGAGAGGGAUUGAGCCCUUUCGGGUGGGAUUACCCACCAUUAAGGGGAGAAUUAACCCCCUUAGAAAGGGAUUUAGUUUCCUGGAGAAGGAAUUAACCGCCUUGGAGGGGGGAUUAAUCAAUUUGGAGGAGGAAUUGAUCCAUUUGGAAGAGGAAUUGAUCCGUUUAGUGUGGAUUAACCGCUUUAGGGGGGAUUGAAGCCCUGAGGAGGGGGACACCCAAUAUGGCGCCACCUCGAACUCUAAGACCUCCUCAAGAUGGCGGACGGGAAAAGGGGGGUGUACAACCAAGAUGGCGCUUCCUCGUUGACGAGUUGACCUUCUCAAGAUGGCGGCACAGGAAAUGGUUCCUCAUCAGCCAAUGGGAAAACGGCGUUGGGAUUCCCGCGCGUUGCGAAGGGCAACAGCGACCGGAAGUGCGGAGGGAAGAGCGCGAAGAGGAGACUGAGGAGGCCGUGAAGGAUGGCCGAGGUCCACAUCAUGGGGCAGAUUGUGGGGGGCAGUGGGUUCCCCCAAAGUCGCCUCUUCUGCAAGUGGGAGGUGCAGGGGGUGCCUGGAAGCUUCUGGAAGGGGCGGCAGCCGGGCAGACGCACGUUGACGCCCCCCAGGCCGGAGAUGUCACCUAUUGGUGUCACCCCCUCGACGUCCACUUUGCCACCAAAGGCCUGCAAGGAUGGCCGAAGCUGCUCCUCGAGGUGUGGCAUCAGGACGAUUUGGGGCGCACUGAGGUUUUGGGGUACGGUUUCUGUCACCUUCCGAGCGGUUCCGGAUGUCACGCGUUGUCCUGUGUCACGUGGCGUCCGAGGGGGACGUGGUGGGAACGCCUUCGGCAGCGCUGGCUCGGGGGGGGACCCCAACUUCGGAGCCCCGAAACGAUAACCACCGGCGGUUCCGAUCGCUUCCAACUCCGCACGGAAACGGCCGGAGUGGUCCACUUGGAACUUGGGGUGCUGAGCCGCCAUCUGGACAGCUUCGGGGUUCAGUGUUAAAGGGGGGGGACAGUGGGGGACACCCGGGAUGGGCCGUAGGCAUGGAGGAGCUGUUGGGGUCCACCAGGGAUUGGACACUUGGAUCCACCAGGAGGGGAUGUUGGGGU